AUGGCAUCCAACAGCGAUGCGCAUGCAUCCGCACGCAUCAGCUUCUAUACCCACUCCUUUACCAUCUUUUCGUCGCUGCAAAGUAUCGCAGCAGCUCAGGCAAGCCAGUCGAAGCCGGCUGAUGCCGCGUGGUUGGCGGCGGGCCCUUCGGUGCAGACGAUGCAGUACUAUCACCGGAUCGGAACCCUGUACUGCGAGGCUAUCCAGUCGUAUAUGCGUGCGCUCGAGUCUCCUCAGUCGGAAGAGACAGAGUACGAGCGCCACGUCCAGGAACUACACAUGGUCUUUCAUCUCGCGCAGGUGCUCUAUUUUCCCGAGGAUGGCAGCGGUAUGGGGGUUGUCGGCGAAGAGCUGCUGCACUGGCUCAAUGCGCACGACGUAGCUCCUACUACUGAGCAGGGUCAAGCCAUCGCGCAGACACUCCCGCCCCAUGCCCACCCUGACUAUUGGGAUUACAUAUUUCGCUGCGUUCUGCGUGGCUUUUACGGGACAGCGGCUACUGUUCUGCAAUCCUACGUUGAGAAUCCCUUGUCGCCAACUUUGCAGAGUAUCGCGCGCGAAACGGUACAAAUGCUCAAGAGUCUCCCGCGCUCAACGGCACAUGCGACGGAGCAGUCCUUCUUCUCGUCUCACCGUCAUUGGCUUACAUCCGUGCGCGUAUUUCUCAGUGGCUUUCAGCGACUCAUGGAUCAAGUCGAGACCGAGCUGAAGGGCCAAGUGCCCUCUCCCACCGAUAUGCGCCUGGAGCUAGAGGCACAGUUCCACUGCCUUUUAGAACUGUUUUGUGGUGUGAAGGAGCGCGUGCUCGAAUUCUCGGAGGACUGGAAGGAAGCCCUGUGUGCAUGGGGUACGCUCGUGCAGCCGGCAAUGCGGCGUGAUGACCUCCCAGAGGUCCUACAAAUUAUCACCGAUUCCCUACCGGUCGACGGCACACUGCAGCGUGAAAGCAUUUUGUCAGCUCUGCUGCGUGGCGAUCUGGUCCAAAGUAUUAAGAUAUGCCAGUCUUUCGAUGAAUGGCUCGCGACUCAUCUUGGCGACUACUGCGACAAGGCUCAAUUGUUGGAGGGCACCGAAGUCGAUACUGAGGAAGCAGUGCCGCUGAUGGAGCAGAUCCUGCGCACGUGGGCCGAUACGCUGCUGAGGGAAGAACGUCUCUGGCGCAUGGCCGUGUCGUAUCUGAAUGUCAUUGACUCGCCAGCGGCUCGUGCACAGAUGCGCACCAUCCUUUUCGAAGUGCCGCUGCUAGAUACUCCCAUAACGGGGGAAAUGUCGGAGGCGGAUGCUCAAUUUGAAAAAGUGGAAGAAGUGCUGAAUGCAUGCAUUGAGUAUGGCAUGGAUGAUGAGGUCCGCCUCAUCUGUCGUCGACUGGGACAUGAUCUAAUGGAGCGCCAGAAAUAUGGCCUCGCAAUUGCCUACAGUGUGCGAGCGCGCGAUGCGCGGCAGGUCCGUGCCAUUGCUGAUCGCAUGCUCCAUGACUAUGUCGUGAUGGGGCCAGACCACUUUGUCGCCAGUGUGAAUACGGUGCCGCGCGUCCUGAUUGAUGAUGCAGCUGCCUUGUCCUCCGAUCAAACAGACGGGAAUGUUUUUUCGGCGAUGGUACCUUCGGCGAACAUCUUUUCCCAACAAACAUUUGCUCCGCUGGUGUUCCAUUUCAAGUACCGUGACUUCCAUGAGUCUUUCCGUCAGCCGGAAACUUGGCGCGACGCGGCUCAGAUCCUUGUCGAGUUGCUUAUGAGCGAUGUUACACCCGAAUCUUUUCUGAGUGUGCUGCUUGUCGACGCUUUGCCUUUUCUGGAGUCACCCACACUUUAUUUCACUGUAUCGGAAACCUAUGAGCUUCUGCGGAUUACAGAAAAAGUGGCGUCGGUGGCGGAAACCAACGAGAGCACUGAAGCGGCCGACUUUUAUUUCCACUGGCUCGAGCAAUUGCUCACUCAUAAAGAAGGCAAAGACAGUCCAAGCGUCUCUGGCCAGCGCAAACUAGCGCAGGAACGCAUGUCGGUCGUGCGCCUGGCCCUGUCUCAAUACCUUUCACGUAUCUUAGUCGAACACCAAAUUCCCUAG